UACAGACCCAGACUGUACGGCCGGCUAUAAAUGGCUCGGGCGGCUGUUGUGUGCGAGUCGGGGUUGGGCGAGUCUACUCACUGCAGCCUGGAUUCACGGGUCCACAUGUGUUAGGCGAGACCACCUCCUGUUGCACGGACUGUUUACCGACACAGCUGAGGAGGGUAUUCACGGCAUACAGGUCACUCUGCGUGGACAGUGGCUACUUUCCACAAACACGGACAGUUGUUUCGAGUAGGAAGUGUAUUUGGUGGUUAAACACCACACAGCGUUUCCAGUGUUUGACAGCUUCCGUAACUUGAAUAAUCUAAGUGCAGCAAAAUCACGACGGGGGGACAUCAGAAAGGGGACCUGAACCCGGCAGACAGUAUUGCGGACGUGACACAGGGCGACACCAACGAUAGAAACUAGCACUAGUCCUGUAGCCAAACUGCCCAAUAGUUAAGUCACCAUGACGUGGAGGAGUCUCUGGGCCCUGGUGCUGGGGCAGAACCCAGACAGCGAGUUCCUGGAACCCUACGCUGCCUCUCUCAUCUUCUUCCUCACCAACAUGGCUUCGGGGAUCGUCCUCCGUUCCCUCAACAAGGUCUUCUCUCCGAAAUGGGCUCAGGAGUACAUUGCUGACUUCCUGUCAACGAUGGAAGCGUGUGCCUAUUUCUUCGAGAACAAUUUCGUGUACAAGUAUUACGGCUCGUUCUGGCUUGGUAUCGCCAUUGUGGUCCAAUGUUUCAUCUGUGGCCGAACAUUCGAAGGAUCCUCGGAGAAUCCGGUCCAAGCGUUUUACAAGCUGGUGACUGGAGAAAUUAAAUUUCCGAAGGCAAUCUUAAAAAUAGUUAUUCAGAGUUUAGCAGGACUUGCUUCGUAUCGGUUCGCGCAGCUAGUGUGGUCACUGGAUUUGAUCUCGGACCAUCAUGAAAGAUAUUACGAGACCGAGUGUGCGUCUGACCUGAACGUGACCCUGACCUUCGGUUUCUUGAUAGAGAUGGCGGCGACGUUGUCAGAUAACUGGUUAUGUAUGCAGACGGUUUCACGGAUGUCGCUACUGGAUGAGUUAGUCAAGUAUGCAAAUGGAGCUAUCAUGAUUGUCGUCGGUAUGGCCACAACCGGCAUGUACUUCAACCCCGCCAUGGCGUCUGGGCACACGCUGGGCUGCAAGGGCACCGCCAUGUUGGAACACUUCCUGGUCUACUGGAUCGGACCAUUUGUCGGGUGCCUCGCCGCCAUUGUCCUGAACAAGGUGCUCCACGUGGACAUGUCUGAAGCUGCUCAGGCGGACAAGAGGAAGAAACUGGAAUAACUGUCACAUACGAAAAAAAGUAUUAGGUCAGGAAUUCCUGAAAAUUCAAUUUAUUUAGGGUUUGUCUUUCCAUCCUUGCACUUCCUCCACAAUAACGGAAUGUCAUCGUUAAGUUUUAUACUGUAACUAAUGAUGCACAAGUCAAUGGAGACAGUUACGUUGGUAGGAAUUGUCCUACAGUUACUGCUAGUUAUAAUAACCAAUGCGAGGAAGUAUCUCCGCGAAGUAAUGCUAAAAUUCCAUAUGGCCAAAAGAGUUCAGUUUUGUUCCCGACUACCAAUACACAAAACGAGUGGGUAACUAACAAGCCAUAUGUUUAGGUUCACGUUGUUGAACCCAGACGAGAUAGGGUAGUAUUGCAUCAACGGUUCCUGUACACAGCGGUUCGGUAGAUUUGCUACCAUCGUUGUCCAUAUUGUUACAUUGCGUCAAAAUCCCACUCACCCACUUGGUAUUACAAAAUACCAACAUUGAUAAAGAUGAGUAUCGAUUUCAACGAAGCGACGUGUAAAUCUGUACAUGAGACAACAAACUAUGUCAACGUGUCCUCUCAGGCAGGCUUUCCACACCGAGCGGCCGCCAGUACAUCUGUCGAUGAAUCACUAAUCCACGACAAGUACUGUCGCUGGCGCUACCUCCGUAGCGUUACAAUAAGCUUUAGAUAAACGAAAUACCUGUGCUACAUGUUGAGGCGAAAACUAAUGGUGUUAGCUGUCAAUCCUGACAAUGUUAUAUUGUAGACAUAGACCUAUAGACCGUUGGUAAGCCGUUGACCUCAGUAAUGUUGUCGUGUACACCCAACCAGGUGGACGUCCUUAAACCGUUGACGUUGACGAUGUUACGGCGUAGACACAAACAGGUCGACGAUGAUUAACCGUUGACGUUGACGAUGUUACGGCGUAGACACAAACAGGUCGACGAUGAUUAACCGUUGACGUUGACGAUGUUACGGCGUAGACACAAACAGGUGGACGUUGAUUAACCGUUACAGUGGCGAUUAAAUCAACGUUUGUAACGAGUGGGCAAUAAGUGAUCACCACAAUAACAGGUUCGAGAUGCCGCGGUCCUUAACGUAAUGUAACUAAUAUUGUACAUGGACCUCUCGAUACAGCGAAACAUUGACCACGAAGGAGUGUUAACUAUCGUUUAAGUUCGAAUUUCGGAUACAACGAACUGUUUGUGCAGAUCCCUUGGGACUGACAGGUUAGUUUCAAGGCCGUAGUUAACUUUUUUUGACAGGGAGGGUAAAUAUUUGUACAAGUAUCACUUGUCCCCAACUUGAUUCAAAUUAAACUGUUUUCUAUAAAAAAAUCCAGGGGGGGGGGCAACUGCUGGCCACUACGCCACUGAGUUUACAGUGCUGAACCGGCAUGUUCCAGUAGAGAGUUUACUGUUACCAUUCACAUUUCCGAGUGAUCUCUAGAUCUCACACUUAUUCCCUUGAGAUUAUAGCUUUAAUAUCUGUGUACAUUCCCAUUGGUACAUCCCCGUUCCUAUAUGGUGCUACAGAGACCAUAGGUUAUUUUACAUUGAACCUCGUGAAACCGGACGAUACCGAUACUGAUGCAUUGUGUGGAUUAACACAUGUCCGGAUUAACGAAUCUCCGGUACGCGGUGAUGUAUCUGGUUUUGUACAGUAGCUGUCCGGAGUGUUAGGUGUCCGGGAUAACGAGGUUCCACUGUAUUAUAUUUGAUGCACUAGCUGUGUAUUCACGUGUGCCUGCCCCCAUAUUUUCACAUAAUUGGUUUUAUUUCGAAGUUAAAACCAUUCAUUUUUACAUUCCGCUUCCUCAAUUGUUUUUGGGUGGCAUGGUUAGACCAACUAGAUAUUUAAAUCUCGAGAUUUGUGGACGAAAUGGUAUUGGAUCAGUAACAAAAUAUCGAGAAAGGCUAGGAUAGUCAUUAGGGCAUGACCUUAUCGUCAUCACUGCCUCUGUUGAACUAUUUACUGCAUCGGCUACGAUGUGUAUGUAACGGCGUGACGUCAUCCGACAGACGACAUUCUUAGCUUGUCAACUUGCUGACGGAGUUAACCUCUUUGGUCAUGUGGACAAGGCGUCCGGCCUCUGAUCAGAAGAUCCGUGGUUCGAAUCCCAUCACGGGACUCGGAGUCUUUAUGGCCGCUUCAUGUAGAAAUAAGCGAGGCACGUGGGAUGUGAUAAGCAAUACAAGCGGUAUGUUCAAUCUUACAAUCAUGUCGUGUACAAAUAACUUGAAGCACUUGUAAAAUGUCCCCGCUCUGUCCUCCCGGCCACUGGAUUGGCUUUGCGGGAAGAUCAUGUACUCUGCAGCCGCGGACUUCUGCAAUGUGACUUAUAUGGCAUAAAACAAUAUUUACUCACUAACACUUUGUCAGGCUCGCGGUAGAGUGGGCGUCUUGCAUACAUCACACCUACUGGCGCAGUUCACCGAGAAAAUAUACAGUGAUUUGUAUUCAUGAUUAUUUUGCAACAAAAGCGAUCGAUGACUAUUGUCAUGGGGGUGAGACUAUACACGCUGUUCAGUGCUAAUGAUUUCUGACAACAUAAAUAGACACUGAAAGAAGCUGCCUAACACUACAACGCCUACACCAGUUGACUCUUCAUCAUUCUAACCCGGGGGCGUUUGGUUGGAUGUUUAGGAGAGUGUUUUUUCGUCAUACGAAAUGACCGGGUUCCUUCCCCACAUGGGUACAAUGUGUGAAGUCCAUUUCCGGUGCUUAGGAGGAGGACAACUUUACUCACUCAUUCACUUUUAUAACCGCGUGCACUGACAUAAACUAUGGAAAAACUUGGUCCUUGAGUGUUUGGUCUACUCGCUCCGUCGAUGGCGGUAUGGUAGCCCAGUUUGUAAAGCGUUCGCUCGUCACGCCGAAGGCCCAGGUUCGAUUCCCCACAUGGGUACAAUGUUUAAGGGACAUUUGUGGUAUCCCCGGCUGUGAUAUUGCUGUAAUAUUGCUAGAAACGGGGUACACCGUACUACAAACAUAUUCUCUUACUCCAAGGCCUCCGUGGGGCUGUAGUAUCUAGUAAUCUCUAACCGAAGUGCCUGUCAUGAGACAAUCGGUUCGAGAGUAGCACCAGUAUUCCUUCACACUAACGUGCGGUGUUUAAUGUGAUAUUCAUGCUGUGGCGCAUACUUAGUAUUACCAUUUAUCAGCAUUUCACCCCAAAGUAUCAAUUGUAACUAUUGAGAGUUGUGCGGAUAUCCAACGUUCAGAUUAAAUUGCAUUUGAAGUUGGUGCGUAGAAAGGUAAGGCCAUCUCAAACACAAGUGUUUAUCACCUUUCUUGUUUUAAAUGGAUAAUGGUUUAUUUUUAAUUUUAUUUUUAAUUUCGAUUUUCCAACUACAGCUACGUUGGUACUAACUAAAACAAAUGACACCCCUUCAAUCCACCAAAAACCUCUGCUCCGACUGGUUUCUGGAUCCUCCGCGUGGUAUCGCUCCUCUUCCUUCCAAACCUGUCGCAGAAACGAACGGGAACCAGUCUACCCGAUUUGCAAACUCACAAACGACGUUAUAUUUACUAGUCAUCGGGACCGGUAACACUAAAAAGUGCAACUUCAGAAUGUUAAAAAACGAUAAUUUUCUAAAUAAUGUGGAACCGGAACCUCAUGCUACAUACGCAUAGAUGACUUUUUGAAUUUCGAAAGAAUAGGUUCGGGCAGAUUGCAGGGGCAGACUUUGAUGAGAAAUAAUAUAUUGUAUGUGGCCUUCUGCGGACCAUGGGUCCAGUGAUCCUUCAAAUCGUUGUCAUUUGAAUGUUUUUUCAUCUGCAAUGUGUUUUUUAUCGGAAUGUUUAACCGUUGCAUUGUUUACGCAGAAUUGUUAACAUUUUACCACAAUCUAGCCUUGUUAAUAAAACUGACAUUUAAUGGC